AUGGGGAUCCGGCUCUUAACCUUAUGGGUCGGAGUCUUUCUUGCUACGGUUGUGAACGUGGGAGGCACACAGACUGGCGACGUCUCGUGGAACGAUUGGAGUGGGCAAGGAGACAACACUGCAACACACAAAUCGCGGGUCUCGCCCGCGAAGACGACCGUCACGAGCUCUUGCAAUGAACAUGCCUCAGCCAGCUGGUCCUGGAAUCGGCCGUCACCAGCCGUUAGCCACAGUCGCAGCAGUGCUUCUCGGUGCCCGACUUGUCAUACUGUCCAGACCUCCUCAACUGGAGUAUCGUACUCCGGUCCGGCCAUAACAGGAACAGCGGAAUUACCGUCUUAUCUCUCUACCCUCAUUUUCCCGUCAGCCUCAGCAGUACCGGAGAGUCCAGACCGACGACGGGCUUCUCUGGGGGUCAAUGCCCUGCCUCAGGGCAAGACCAACGGAAAUUCUCCCCUCGGGACCCUUGGAGCACCAAGGUUUCCAAAGUACCUGCCCGACUCGAGCCAGGCUGGCGGCUUGCCUUGGGGGAAUCGCUCUGCAUAUACCAACCCUUACACCUCCCCACCAUCCACUGGAGUGGUAAGGUCUUAUAACUUCGUCAUAUCUAGAGCAACAAUUGCCCCAGACGGAGUGUAUCGUUCCGGUAUACUCGUCAAUGGUGCUUUCCCCGGCCCUACAAUCGAGGCAAAUUGGGGCGACACAAUUCAAGUUACAGUGACCAACAACAUCACCGACCCCGAAGAAGGGACCUCUUUGCACUGGCACGGCCUGUUGCAAACGGGAACACCUUAUGAGGAUGGUGUUCCAGGAAUCACUCAAUGCCCGAUCGCGCCCGGGCAGACGUUUACGUAUUCUUUCAACGCCGACCUCUACGGAACAUCAUGGUACCACGCACAUUAUAGUGCGCAAUACGCAGACGGAGUGUUUGGAGCGAUGAUCAUUCAUGGGCCUACGAACGCGGACUACGACGAGGAUCUAGGGCCGAUUUUCGUUACUGACUAUUAUCACGACUCCUAUUAUACAAUCGUGGAGGAGGUUAUGGGUACCGAUCUCACGAAAAUUGCGCCAACCUCCGUUAACAAUCUCAUCAACGGAAAGGGAAUCUUUAAUUGCUCACUUGUCACCGAUAAUUCCACCUGCGUCUCUAACGCGGGGUACUCCAAGUUUCAAAUCACGUCAGGACAGUCCUACCGACUUCGACUCAUUAAUGGCGGUGCCGAGGGUUUACAACGAUUCAGCAUUGAUAACCAUGUCCUCACGGUGAUCGCCUAUGACUUUGUCCAGAUCGUACCCUACACCACCGAUGUCGUUACAUUGGGGAUCGGCCAACGUGCCGACGUGAUCCUUCAUGCCAACGGCACGGCGGACAGCAUGUACUGGAUGAGGUCCACGAUCAGCACGGAAUGCUCCUUGCCGGACCAACCUUACGGCCUGGCCAUGGUGUAUUAUCAAGACGCCAAUACCACAGCUACCCCAACGUCGUCGGGAUGGACCGUGAAUGAUACCGUCUGUGGCAACGACCCUCUGAGCGAGACUGUCCCUUAUGCCUCGAUCACCCCACCAGCGGUCAACACCACAGUUGACAUUGCUCUCAACUUCGAGAUCAAUAGCACCGGUCAUUUUCUGUGGACGAUGGACGGCUCAAGCUUCCGCACAGACUACAACGACCCUAUCCUCAUGCUAGCGAAUGGUGGCAACGACUCUUACCCCUACGACCCGGAGUGGAACGUCUAUGAUUUUGGCAGCAACAGUAGUUUUGUUAUUGUUCUCAACAACGAGACUCCUCUGAUGCAUCCGAUGCACAUCCACGGCCACAACAUGUUCGUCCUGAACGAAGGCACGGGCAGCUGGGAUGGGACCGUCGUCAACCCUUCCAACCCAACCCGGCGGGACGUCCAAAUGGUGCAACCCGAUGGAUACAUCGCCAUUCAAAUCAUUGCCGAUAACCCGGGCGUGUGGCCGUUCCACUGUCAUAUCGCCUGGCACGUGAGCGGAGGACUGUACGUCAACAUUCUGGAACAACCGAAUCUCAUCGCCUCGUCCAUCGAGAUCCCAUCGAGCGUCAACGACCUGUGUACGUCGUGGAGUGCCUACACCAGUGAAGGCCCUGUUGACCAGAUCGACUCUGGACUGCGAAGACGGAAUCAUAGGAGCAAGAAAAAGUUUCUAGGCGCCGUGCGAAGGCACCGGAGCGGCUAG